UUUAUUUGUCAGAAGUUAAAACAGUUUUCGACAAAUGUGAUUUUAUGACUAAGUUUUAUCAGGUUUUAUGCAUUGGAAAACAAAGUCUUGGCAUUAAAAAUUGUGUCCACCAGGAAAAACUUUGAUGAUAUCGUAGAUGUGAUGCUGUGGCAAGACAGCAGUGAUGACUCAAGUAGCAGUGAAGACGACUUGGAUGAACUAUUGCUGGAAUUCAUGUUUCCACAACAAAACGAUGCAAACUACCCCCGUAUUCAUCUCCAGGAUAUACCUGAUGUUCAGUGUGAGGCCAUGUUUAGGUACAAAUUCUUUGCCUUUUGUCUUUUCUUGAACGGCCAAGUUUUAUGCUUGUAAACUUGACUUCAGCAGGUUGUAUAUAGAUAUAAAAAUCCUCACCCUCAAUCUCAGAUUUUCAAAAGGAGAUAUGGAAAGACUCCGGGACGCGUUACAACUGCCAGCCAAUUACAUUUGCAGUCAAGGGACUAUUGCUACUGGGAUGGAGGCACUGAUGAUUCUUUUAAGAAGAUUGGCGUAUCCUAAUCGAUGGAGUGAUCUGGUGCCUGUUUUCGGGCGAACAGUAUCAGAACUGAGCUUGAUAUUUAACAAGGUAAAAUUGUUGCUCUGUCCAUUCGUCUUCCCUGUAGAAGUUGCCUGUAUUCCCCUUUCAUUUUACGAUUCUUGAAUUUGACUAGGGGUGUAGAGAGUCUUACAGUACAUUUUGUGUUGUUUGCUUCAGUUUUGUUUGUUUUAGACUACGAAGUCAAGUUGAGGGAAAAAUUUAACUCAUCCUAUUCACUGGAAUAACUCUUUAAUAAUAAUGAUAAUAUUUAUUCACUUAUGUUGUGCAGAUAUCAAUAUGAUAAUUUUCAUCUGCACAUCACAAUAAUUAUUCAAAUUACAAAUUACAAAUCUAAUUAUCAAAUCCCUAAUUACAAAUCAAAUCAAAUGUUGGUCUUUGGGAGAGGGGAAAAGCGGAGUACCCGGAGAAAAACCUCUCGGAGCAGAAAGGAGGAUCAACAAACUCAGCCCACUUAUGACACCGGGUCCAGGAAUUGAACUCAGGCCACAUUGUUGGAAGGCGAGUGCUCUCACCACUGUGCCAACUGUGCUCCCCACUCUCUAUGCAAUUAGAGUAAUUAAAAUGAUUGUCCCACAUGUGGUUCCAAACAACCCACUUCAUAAAAAAGCAAAAAAAAAAAAAACAAGAAAACAAACACAAGCACACUGCUGUACUACUUUCCAUGGAUUUCAGAUUAUGGAUGAUAUCUAUGACAGAUUCCACCACCUCUUAGAUAGUCUUGACCUGGUUUGGCUUGACCCUGAAGCUUUUGCUGAGGCUGUUCAUGAAAAAGGAGCUCCUCUUACUUGGUGUUGGGGUUUUAUCGAUGGGACCCCCCGACCAAUAGCCCGUCCUGUCCACAAUCAAAGAAUUAUGUUCAGUGGUCAUAAGAGAACACACUGCUUAAAAUUCCAGGUAUUAAAAUUGCAAGGUAUUAAAAUUGCAAGGUAUUAAAAUUGCAGAUAUUAAAAUUCCAAGGUGUUAAACGAAAGAAAGCAAACUUCCUUGCCUUGACAAAAAUAUCACAGCAAAGGAGUCUCCUGUGAAGGCACUCCAGGCAAGUAAUGCAGGAGAGGGAGUUGGGUUCCCUUUCACCAUAAGAAACCUAUCUAAUACUAUCCUUAUCAAGGAUAAUUAGAACACAUUAUUUUUAGACUUGUAUAUACUGUUUAUACAUCUUCAUUAGUGGGGGCAACCCUGGUAUUUGUAAUUUAGUGGAGUGAAUCUGCAAGAAAUAAAUAAAAUAAAGAGCUUCUCUUGUUGUACUCUUUACAGAUCUGUAAAGGAGGCUAGAUACCAAAGGAGGGUAGAAGAUCUAAUUCAGUAAAGGUUGUUUGGUAAAAUCUGAAAUUCACUACUUCCAAACCAAGUUCCUCAGGCCAAGCAAAAGGAAUCUAACUUCAGUCAGGAAAGAUAUAUAGGAUGUUGUCAUACAACUUUAUACUUCAUUUACAAAUAUUUGUUUCAUUUACUCUUUAGUCUGUUCAAGCCCCAAAUGGCGUGAUAGCCCAUAUGUUUGGUCCUAUAGAGGGUCGCCGACAUGAUGCCUUCAUGCUUGGGGUGAGUGGCCUGUCAGCUAAACUGCGUCGAUUUGUUCAACCCAAUGGAGAGCCAUAUGUCAUUUAUGGGGAUCCUGCCUAUGGCAUUACACAGAACAUUGUUGCUCCAUUCCGUCAAGCACACCUUGCAGAUGAUGAGCAGGAAUUUAAUACGAGAAUGAGCAGAGUUCGGACAUGUGUGGAAUGGGGUUUUGGUAAAAUCUGCCAAAAUUUUGCAUAUUUAGACUUUAAAAAGAACUUAAAGAUCCUUUUACAGCCUGUGGGUAAAUAUUAUUUAGUUGCAUGUAUUCUUAUCAAUUGUCACACCUGUUUAUAUGGGUCACAGACAACCACUUAUUUUAGUUUAGAGCCGCCACCCCUGGAAACCUACCUAUCCAACCUGUGA